AAGGACUGUACAGACUCCGAGACACAAGGGAACAAUCACCAUCUCCACUUCAUUUCUCUCUUUUUUCUGUUUUUCUGUAUCUCGCUAGCUAUUGCCCACGAUGAAGAAGAUGACAUCAUCAAUCCUUUCGCUUUUAGUGGUUGCAGUCCAUCCACCCUGGUCCUGGCCGGGGCGGACCGGGAGGAGACCGCAAACGGAUUCGAGGAAGAGCUCAGGAGGGCGAACCACGGCCCCACUCCGAUGGAGACCCUUACGGCGGUUUCUUCCCCAGUGGCGGUUUUCCAUUCCCCGGGAUGGGUGGCGGGUACGGCGCCGGGUCGGUUUUCCAUUCCCCGGGAUGGGUGGCGGGUACGGCGCCGGGUUCGGCGGACCUGGUGGCGGAUACUCCCGCGGCAGCGUCUACCGCCCUACGGUUACCUGCAACACUCCCGGGCCGUGUUACAGGAAGAGUCUGACCUACCCAGCGAGCUGCUUUGGGUCGUUCAGCGGGUCAGGCAAGGGUUACAGCUACGGCGGCAGUGGGUGCACCAUCGACUGCAGGAAGAAGUGUAUUGCUUACUGUUAAGGGAGAGCCACGGUGGUGGUUUCCCGGCCGCCGGAAUACCGGUUGGUAGUUUGGGGGGCGCGAUUCGUCGUUAGGUGGUAAUGCGCAUAGCACCUUAUGUGGUUGCUGGGGUUUCUAAAAAUGGUCAUGCAGAACCCAAACCUAAUUCAAGGGAAAACCAACCUGUACAGCGGUUAGACUCUAGCAUGAAGACCAAGUCAUCUUCUCCACCAUCAAAUCCAGAUGCAAAGGAGAUUAAAUCUAGUCAGUCAGCAAAUUCUGCUGAAACACUACCACGUACCCCACAGAGUGUAGGUCUAGCUAAUGUGCCAAAGGUUUCUUCUUCUAAUUCAACAGCAGCAUGCAAUUCGUCUACCUUGAAGAGAAAUGUCAUGCCAAAGAUUCAGUCUUUAGCCAGCAACCAAGUCGUUGUACUUGUCAUCAUCCCUAGAAACCACCAAAAACCUGACCAACCAGUUGACUCUAAAACUGAAAGCACACUUGUUGAAAGAAGAGUCCUGGUGUCAAAGUCUCAUGUGCGAAAACCAUCAUAUGGCAGAGGAAAUGUAGAUGGUGAAUCUGUGUCAGUUGUUCUGGAUCAUCUAUAUCCAAGGGUAGUGAUCUGAAUCAAGAACCAGUUUAGAAUUUCUUUCCUGGAGUUGACACAAAAGAUGAUGGUGGGCAUAGUAAGGAAAUACAACAAGUAUCAAGAAUGUUGACAUACAGCAAAAGGUGCCAAAGAUACAGCCUACAACUGGCAGCCAAGUGUUCUCUAGACCUGAUGUUCCACCUGUUGUUGCCACUAGAAACAGCCAAAAACUUGAACAACCACCUGAUUCCAAGAGUGAAAGCACCCCUGCUGAAAGAUCAGUUUCAGCAUCAAGAUCGUCUCAUGUUCGCAGACCAUCCUUUGCUAGAGGAAAUGUAGAUGGCGAAUCUGUUUCAGUUGUUUUGGGGUCAUCUAUUUCCAAAGGCAAUACCGUGAAUCGUGAACCAGAGAAGAAUUUUUUCCCUGGUCUUGAUACAAAAGAUGAUGCUGCAUAUGCUGGAGGAAAUGUAACGAAUAUCAAGAAUGUUUCUGAAACGUUUGAAAGAAGCAUGUCCAUUGGACAUACACUGAGCAGUCAGUCAGCCUGAUAACUGCAAAUUCCUGCAUACUCUUCAUUUGGCUUCUACGUUACAUGAUAGCUUUUGGGGCAUCUACGAACUUUUUGUUAUAUUUGUUCAUUUUCUGUCUUCCCUGGGUGCCAUUCAUAUUCAAGUGCAAUUUCGGAUCUAAAUAUGAACAUUCAAUAAAUCAGACAUUUGAAUUCGACCCAA